UAGUCUUACACUACGUGAACAGCUGAUCGGUCAUCAGCAACCGACGGUGAGAUAUUACUGAUAUACAUCAAUCAUUCCAGAAAUAAAAAAAAGUCUUUCGAAUAAUAAUUGUGCUCUCACUAAGUGGAGUAUAAAAUGAAGAAGUGAAUCCCAUCCAUCAUUUGAUUUGUAUUAAUUGAAAUUCUCACACCUACGCCUAUACGUGUAAAAUCAACCGAAACUUGAAUUUUCACCAUCAUAGAUUUUUGUGUACGUUGAAAUUCCUUCUGGAGCAUCUCAAUGAUUGUUGUUGUGAAUUCGUGCAAGUAGUCUUCGCCAGAAGAAUGGCGUCCUACAAUGGAGGAGUGUCAUUGCUCUAACAUCGUGAUCAUGCAGCUAUUCCAUGAAUUGAAGCAACAAUUUCCAGCUUUGCCAGACUACAUAGUAUCUCAGUGCAUCGCCCAGAAUAGCUACGACAGGGAGGUAUGUACACGAAGUUUACGCGCAGCACAGGCUUCUCGUUCAUCUCCUGGUGCCUUUCCACCGAUCGCGCCUGAACCACUACCAUCGCGAUAUGAUAUAAAUAUUGGAGACCAAAGAGACAGGAAAAUAAUCCAAAAUUCCUAUCUGAAUCAUCCUAGACCGCAGCGAGCCAAUUCCCUAAGUAUUGGGAAAUUCCGCCGGUGUGUCAGUCCUAAUUAUCCAAGAGCUCAAUUUUCACCAACACCGUCUCCUCUACGUUCUACUAAUUACUCUUCGAAGAGUUUAUUCGACGACUUAUCAGCAAGGAGGACGAUUAACGUUCCAGAUGAUUCGGUGAAUAGACCAGUGGGAGAUAAACUGACAAGGGGAUUCCAACUCAAUGUCAAUGUCGCUUGCCGUCCUGCUUGUAAAGCUCAUUUUUAUACAGACCUCAGACCUUUUCUAGACCGGCGUAAUGUGAGUGAUGAAUCACAAUUACAUCAUAAAGAAUCAAGACUGGCAGUGAACCAUAGACUUGAAACCUUAGAUCAGACGCGGGGUUACACGUCUGUUAGUUUAAUUCUCAGACCCCCGUCCUCUGAGCCACAACCUCCUAUCGAUAUACAAUCUCAAGGGUCAAGCUUAACUUAUACAACUUCUUCGUCAGAUUGUAGAGGCUUUCAAAGCCGCUUGUUAAUCAGUAUCGGUCCUGGAAAAGUCGGCAACGUGGCUGCAGCGAGAAUAAAAUCGCGAAUGGGUGUUACGAGGCCCAAUUCAUUGGUGUCAGCCAUUCAGAAUACAUCGAAUAAAUCGACAGCCGCGACUCUAUCUUCUAGUCAACUCACAAAACCAACUAUGAUUUCUUCACCAACUGGACCAUUAACUAUUGGUGUCACAAUCCCCAACACCUUUCAGAAUUCUUCCAAUUUAUCAUCCAUAAUGACUUCUCCCCAAACGACCGCUUGUAUAAGCACUAAUCGUAAUAGAACACCAUUAAAUCAAGUCGCGGACCAUCAGAAAAAACGAGUCACUGAACAACUGAAAAGAAAAGAAAGAUUAGUCCAUGAACUGAGGAUGGAGAGAACAAGAUUGGAAACGAUGAAAAAGGAUCUUCAAAUUCUCUUGAGGCCUGUGGAUCCUACUGUGUCUCCUCAAGAACUGAAGACAAAGCUUCGAAGUGAAAUUUAUCAGCUUCAAGUUGAAUGCGAUAGAUUGGCUGAUGAAGUCGAUCAAAGAUCCGAUCCAAGAGUUCCAUUCGGCGAAACAAACGAAGAAUUCUACCAGGGAAUUUAUACAGGACAAUCUCUCAAUAUCCCAUCGUUCAGUCUGAGACCCCAACCCCCGUUACCGACCAAUCCACCAGCUUGGGAGCCUCGAGACUUACGAGGUAAUCCCGCGCAUCAUGAUAGAGAUGACAGAGACGGUCCAUCGUGGGUUUGUCGCAUGUGCACUUUCGACAAUCAUCCAUUAAUGGACAAAUGUGAACAGUGCGACAUGCCAAAGUUUCGAGUUGCCGAUACAGGAGAGACGCAGGAUAUUCACAUAAGAGUCACGCGUCACCAUAAUUUUUCAACCAGACGAACAAUGGAUAGCUGGGUUGUUUAACACGUUAUACGUCUUAUCUUCAAUCGUAAAGGAGAUAUAAAUAAAAUAUUCCUAGCCCAUUAGCUGUUCUUUAACAAUCUUAGAAUUUCUUUAUCUUAAUAUGUAACUUAUUGCGCAUGGAACGACACUGAAAAAGUCAGUCGGUUCUGCACAUUGUAAUUAAAUCAAAAAUUGCCAUAUUUAAUAUUUCGUUUUUUAAUCCAAAAAUAGGAAAAAAAGUGAGUUCUUUCAGAAAUAAAACAUUACUUGGUAGUCGCUUUAUAUUAUUUAUUAUUUAUACAACAUUUUUUAUUCACUAUCAUUGCACAUUAAAAAUACUGUUCCAUCACUUCCAACGCUAAUCGAGAAAUUCAGGAGUAAAAAGCGUUAAAAUUUAUUCAGGAGGAAUGCCCCAAUUUUAUUCUAUCAUUUUCCAUAUCUCGAAUGUCUACGAAAUUUGGAAUUGGGAGGUAGUGUUUUCUCACGACGACAGAGUUGAAACUUUUCUUUUCACUUACAAUCAAACAGAUCUCUCCAUUACACUCCAAACAUCAUCACCGCUUCAUAUCGUAAUUCCACAGAGCUUCACAAUUUAUUUUUAAUUUUGGUAUGAGUCUUUAAAAACCCAUAACAGUCUUUGCGUUGAGGAAAAUGAAAUGUACAUUAUACAGCCAAUUAUUUUUACUCCAAACAUUUUUUCUAUUACGACAAUUGUACGUAAUCAAA